AUGGGGCUUUUUGGUAGCAAGAAGCAAUCCACGAACGCGCACGACAAGCCGCAGGCGGUCUAUCCCGUUCCCCCAGCAGCGUCACCCAAGCCGCCACGGGAACAGGAUCGUGGUGCCACCCAUACUUCAUCAAAUAUUCCCAUUGGCACCAUUGCUGUCGGCAUCGAAACAGAAUUCUUGUUGAAGCCUCGUGAUGGUGCGCCGAGAGCCCGCAUCAAGUCUCUACGAGCCUUUGGGGAUUGGAUGGCAGAAACUCAUAACGAAAAUAUUAGCCGACCGUACCCCCGGAUGGAGAACCAGGUAGACAUGCAACCCGCCACGACAGAGCUACACCUGUGCUGGAGGCUCGUCUACGAUAUAUCAAUCGCUACCACAAGCGAUGGCUGGGGUAUUGAAAUGCUGUCUCCCAUUUUCCGACUGCUGCCUGGAUCCAAGUGGAGAGAUACCGUCAGAGGGACCUGGGGCGUUCUCCGCAAGACUACAGUCGUCAAUACAGAUGAGGACUGCAGUACGCACGUGCACAUGUCGCUCAGUGGUGGCUACUCGGUGACGCAGCUGAAGCGCCUCGCACAAGCCGUCAUCUACUUCGAGCCUGCGUUUGAGGCCAUCCUGCCAGAAGACCGCCGGGGCAACGAGUACGCCGCCAGCAACUGGAUAGACAAUGCGUACCUCAAGAGACUCUCGAGACAACAGGCGAUUGACCGCAUUGAACAAUGCCGGACACAAGAUGAGCUCAUUCAGCUGAUGAACCCUGGCGGGGCUCAAGACCGCUAUUACGGCUGGAACUUCCAGGCGCUGAACAAACUCAGCACGGUAGAGUUCCGCCGUGGACCAGCCAGCAGCACGGCAGACCAGGUCCUCCACUGGGUGGAGCUCGCGACCACCUUCCUGCGGGCUUCGAUCCAUCUGCCUUCGUCCGGGGCGCUCUCAAGAUUGCCCCCUAACAUAGGUGGCCUCCUGCACUUCUUACACAGUGGGCAUCAGGACCAUCCUGGCUUGGGUGACUCAACCCUUUACAUGCCCUUGUUUGCUGGGCGACAGGCCACGGACAGACUGGACCCCAAACCAGUGGGUCAUCUGAGCCCCGAAAGGCUCAAGAAGUUCAAGAAGAAGGUGGCGUUUGACAACGCCCGCCUUCAUAUGCUCGAGAGUAUACACGCGGCGCACAUGUACAGGGCUAUCUGA